CAUCAGGUCAAGCGCGGAAAUCGAACUCCCGUUAAGUCUUCAGUCAUUUCUACAUCAAGAGAAGAGCCGCGCGGAAGACUGCGAUGAUCUAUAAGAUUGAAUGUAUGAUAUUCAGCUUCGUUGUCAGACGUGAAAAUCUGGAAAAUGUAAUAUAAAAAAAAGGAAUUAGAUUAUCUUCGUAAAGAAAUAAACUCUCUUCAGAACCCUCAGUUUAACAACAGAUAUUGACUCGUUAUUUAGUUUCAAACUGACUAAUGAGAUUUUCCGACGGAAUUAUAGGCGGAAGACUGUCAAAAUAAAAUAAAUACAUUUAUGGUGUACAGUAGAAAUAAUACAUUUAGUUUGCAGCUGAAGAUUAAGAACAUAUAAUAAUGCCCUUAGGAAAAAUUAAUUUCACUUCUUGGAAUAUCAAAAGAGACCUCGCCAACAAGUCCCAAUUAGCCGUUGGAUGUUUUAAGAGAUUCAUCCAGAGUUCUCCUCUUUGGAAAGACGGAGAACGUGUACAAUGCAAUGUCACCUGGGAUGGCUUGUCAUGUUGGCCUCCAACCCUAGCAGGCUACAUGGCUGAGAUAUCAUGCUUUCCCGAAUUGAAAGGGAUUCGUUAUAAUACAUCUCAAAACGCUAGUCGGUUAUGCUACGAAAAUGGAACUUGGGCAGAAAAAUCUGACUAUUCAAACUGUAAACCCUUGUCAACUGAAGACGGACUUCUACAGGUACUCUGGGAUGUAAAAGAAGCGACUACAGUGUAUUACGCUGGCUACGGACUCUCUCUACUAGCAUUACUCGCGGCUCUCUCUAUAUUUCUUUACUUCAAAGAUCUCCGCUGUCUCCGUAACACUAUCCACACCAACCUGUUUAUUACGUACAUCUUGUUGGACUUGAUGUGGAUCGUGACAGCUAAACUCCAACUCCAACAAAGUCCUACUGCAGCAGGAACCAAGGCGGCCUGUAUUUUGACGAUCUUCCUGACUUAUUUAAUGGGCACCAACUUCUUUUGGAUGUUCGUUGAAGGCCUCUACUUGUAUGUUCUGGUAGUAAAAACAUUUUCUGUUGAGAUUGUCAAAGUUCAUGUUUACGCCCUUGUUGGUUGGGGAUUGCCAGCGAUCGUGGUACUCAUCUGGGCUCUCGUUAAAGCCUACUUUUCGCCGUUAUCAAGUGACACGUUUUUGCUGUUGAA